AUGGGUACACCAUUUCCAAAGAUUCGUAGUGCAGAAACAAGAUAUAUUGUUGCGGAAAUGUUCGUCUCAAAAUAUUAUGCACAACAAAUUUGUUGUCAGGACAUUCUCGCUCGUGCGAAGAAUGGAACUGGCAAAACUGGCGCGUACUGCAUCCCGGCGCUAGUCAUUGUUCCUACUAGAGAACUUGCUCUGCAAACGUCUCAGAUCUGCGUUGAACUUUCGAAGCAUAUUAAACUGAAGGUGAGCCUGGUCAACUUGAUAUCGCAGUCAUUGUCAACUUUUAUUCGUAUUUGGAUUAUGGUGACUACCGGUGGUACAGAUCUUCGUGAUGAUAUAAUGCGUUUGAAUGGCGCUGUACACAUGGUAAUAGCCACUCCGGGACGUAUCCUUGAUCUGAUGGAGAAAGGAGUGGCGGACAUGUCAAACUGCAAGAUGCUCGUACUUGAUGAAGCUGAUAAGCUUCUUAGCCAAGAUUUCCAGGGCAUCCUUGAUCGCCUUAUUUCUUACCUGCCUAAGGAACGACAGAUUAUGCUGUAUUCUGCUACGUUCCCAAUGACCGUAACCGAGUUUAUGCAGAAGCACAUGAGAAAACCUUACGAAAUCAACCUCAUGGAGGAGCUAACCCUCCUUGGUGUCACUCAGUAUUACGCGUAUGUACAGGAAAAACAAAAAGUGCACUGUCUUAAUACUCUGUUCCGCAAGCUCCAAAUCAAUCAAUCGAUUAUUUUCUGCAACUCUACGCAGCGCGUUGAACUUCUAGCCAAGAAGAUCACUGAAAUAGGAUAUUCGUGCUAUUACAUACACUCGAAAAUGGCACAAAACCAUAGAAACCGCGUCUUUCACGAUUUCCGUCAAGGAAAUUGCCGUAACUUGGUUUGCUCGGAUUUGCUUACUCGUGGUAUUGACAUACAAGCUGUAAAUGUGGUUAUCAAUUUCGAUUUUCCCCGUAAUGCUGAAACCUAUCUCCAUAGAAUUGGCCGUGUUAGCAUCUACUCUUUAACUUUGCUGCUCAGAUCUGGGAGAUUCGGUCAUCUCGGAGUUGCCAUUAACCUCAUCACGUACGAAGACCGCCACACUUUGCGUCGUAUUGAACAGGAACUUCGGACUCAAAUUGAGCCUAUUCCAAAGGCCGUCGAUCCGAAACUCUAUGUCGCUGAUUUCCAGAUAGUUGAGGAUGAAGAUAAUAAUAAAGCAAACGCGAACUGA